UACAUAACAUCUAUUCCUUAUUCUAUUCAUCUCUCUGUCGCCUUUUAAGAACGUUCCAGCCCUUAUAUAAUCUUUCGCGAUCGAAAUCUGCCCCAAGCGCUCCGUCGAAUAGGUCCAUGAUUUUCCAUGUCAGCGCCAAGUUCCCCUCUUCGAGAGUCUGACGGCGCAGCUCAAGCCGCCGCCGUAGCUCCUCCGCGCCUCUCCUCCACCAUUGCUGCCACGUCCAAUCCCGAACUCGAUCUCCAGAAACUCCAGUCGCUCCCUGCUGAGCAGCAAGACCUGUUUUUGUUAAACUUCGUCUCUUCUCUGAGCAAACAUGUCCAUAGCCUGUCAGCCGACGACUGCACUGCACAGCAAUUCUAUCUCAAAAAAGAAGUUUUCCAGAUUAUCAACCUCUCUACGCCCUCUCCUAGUCGAGUAAUAAGAAUCAACCUUGGCAAGAUACUGGCCCACGUGUUCGGUCAUGGCGAUAGGAAGUUACUUUUCGAUACCAUAAAUGAGCUGGUCUCUAUAAUAUCUGGCGGGAAAUCUAAGACAGAAACUGAAAUUCGAACAAGACAUGCUGCUGUUAGUUGUCUGGGCGAUAUCUACGCCGCCGCCGGCGACAGUGCCAUUGGUUUGCACCAAUUGGCUUGCGGUGCUCUAGUCAAGGUGCUCAAAUCGUCCCAGACUCAUGCUGGGUUGCGCGCCGCCGUCCUCGUUUCCCUGACCAAAAUCGUCGGCAUGGUCCAGACGAGUUUAGACGAGAGUAUCGCCAGGGACAUUUGGAAGCAAGCACGAAAUGCCGCAUCCGGUGACAAGGGCGCUCUGAUCGUCGUAUCUGCUUGCCGUUGCUUAAAGUCAUUACUUAAACAUACGUCGUGCUUUGAGGACUCGAGCGACUUUGAGAAUCUCAAGUCCACCAUCUUCAAGGCUAUUGAUUCUAGUUCUUCACACGUAAGGCAUGCUGCUGCUGAUUGUCUCGCUGAGGCCAUGGUUAAGAGCCAUUCCGAGUCCGCACCUAGCGCCGGUCCCCUGUCAAAGAUCAAGAAGCCGAAGCCUAAGUCUCUUAAAAGAGCGUCUACCCAGCAAAGCAUUGUCCUCGAUGAGGAUGAGGACGUCCCUUCGCGCCCCGGCAGUCCGGCACCUGGGAAGAAAGGCCAAGACCUCGUAUUAUCGUUGAAUGACAUAUUUAAAAUCCUCACCACUCAGUACGUCCGACUAUCGACUACUAACAGGGCCAGGGCAGCUAUCGGCGUUUGCUAUGGGAGGGUUUUGAAGCGGUUAGGAGAGAAUUUCGUCGAAGCCAACUAUCUAAAAAUUACAGAGAAUUUGACUGUCGACUUGCUAGGCCAUCAGAACAUAAUCAAUAAUCGGUAUAGACUCCUUGUCUCACGCCGGAUUGUUGACACCAUCCUUCAGGUCGUAAUAGGCCGCAAGAUUCUGGGCGAAUCGGGUCAAAUGACCGUAGCAAAAGUGCUCGUCAACGACAUAUUCAAGAAUUACCCUCAAGCGCUCAAGGAACGGCCUGAGCCGACGAAGCACACCCUAAUUGCGGCUCUUGGAGCUGUCGCCUCGCUCAUCGGGUCUCUUGGAUCUGCCGCAAACAACUUCGCGGAAUCCUGCCGAGAUGGGCUCUUGCAGGUACUUCAACAUCCCAGCUACAGUGUUCAAGUAUCUGCCUCGUAUUGCAUGAAAACCUUUGUCCUAGCGUGCCCGCAGCAACUGCUGCCGUGCCUCUCUGUUUGUAUGAACAGUCUUAGCAGAGAAUUGUCUCUACUUGGAGGCGCGCGCAACUCACCGAGACGGUGUAUUGGUUUCGCCCAUGGAUUAGCAGCUACUUUGAGCGCUAGCCCGGCUCGCCCGUUAUACGGAUCCCUUGAUAUUAACAACCGAGUCUAUUCUAUGGCUACCAACCUCCUAAAGUCUAGUGGUCAGUCUGAACUUCGCGUUUCGAGCACACAGGUUCAGGUCGCUUGGAUCCUUCUUGGGGGCCUUAUGUCUUUGGGACCUAACUUCGUUAAAAUUCACCUCUCACAGCUGCUUGUCCUCUGGAAGAAUGCACUGCCAAAACCGUUAGCUAAGGACAACUUUGCUCAUCGCAACAUUCUCGAGGUUUCUUACUUAACCCACGUCAAGGAAUGCGCGUUGGGUUCUAUCCUCUCGUUCCUCCAGUCCAACAGCCGUUUAUUAACAGUUGACGUAUCGAAGCGGAUCGCUACUAUGCUCCAGAACACCAGCGUGUUCCUUAGGAUGCUUCCCUCGAAGAAAACCACUGAUGAUAUUUCUCAAAGAUUAACGCCUGCUUUGCAAUUGCAAGAUCUCGACAUGAUGGUCCAGCGGCGAGUUCUGCAAUGCUAUAUCACGCUAGUAAAUCAAAGUCCAGCCGGAGGCAGCGAGGCGCUCUUACAGUCCAACCUUCUCACCUUGGCUAUAUCUCUCUUUGCCGACCCGGAGAAUUAUGCGGCUAACUCGUUAAGCUCAUCCAUCGCCAACGCUGCAGGUACUUUUGAGACUAUCUGGGACGUCGGUGAUAACUCUGGCUUCGGAGUCAAUGAUCUAGUCCGCGGUUUUAGGGUCAAGAGACUUCCUGGGGAAAAGGAAGACGCGGCCGACGAUCCGCAGACGGAUGAGACGGAUCCGGAUGAAUUGAUCGACGACCUCCUUCUAUCGCCGAUCUGCCCUUCGCUAGAGCAUGACGCCGCUGUGCUCUACGUGGGCGAACCGGACCUAUCCCUAACCCUCCCGGACCCUCCGGCUACUGAAGUGGUGAAUAUGGCAAUCCAGCUAUUUGCCUUUGUCUUCCCACUCACCCCUGCCAAGGUCCAGGAGAGCGUUCUUGAACAGAUUGCCACGUUCAUCUCAGCCGGCUCUCUGCAGCGCGACCCUGGCCGUAAAGCGGCCAUUAAUGUCAAUGUCGCCAGUGCUCUAUACCUGACAUUAAAGGUUGCAGUCAAGGAGACACUGUCUUUACCUGGAAAUGUCACUAACUUGGCGGUGGAGAAGCUCCUGCAGGAAAUGGCCAGGGGCUUCGUGGUUGAUCCGGAUCAGUACAUUCGCAGCCUAGGUUACGGUGCCGUCGCCCGUCUUUGCAACGCGUGCGGCAAUGCGUUUACCAAUCACGAGAUCAAGUACUUAGUUGACACCAUUGUGAGCGAUCGAGAACCUAGUGCUCGUGCGGGAUGCGCUAUGGCCCUGGGAUCUAUCCAGGCAAAGGUGGGUGGUAUGGGUGCAGGAUACCAUCUCAAGACCAUCACUAGCAUCUUGAUGUCGUUAUGCAACGAUCCACAUCCAACGGUACAUUUCUGGGCGCUUGAAGCGUUAGCUGACGCCGCCGACGCUGCGGGUCUUGGUUUUUCUCCAUACGUCUCGGGCACGCUGGGCAUGGUAUCCCAGCUUUAUCUUUCCGACACCCAUCAUCCGGAAGUGUCUUCCGCUAUCUCUAUGAGUUUAGAGAUGGAAUUGUCCACCACAGCCGCCAUUACACGUUGUAUUGACUCUCUAGUUAACGUUGUAGGUCCGGAUUUGCAAGACUCGACCAAGUCACGCGAAUUGAUCCUUACGCUUGUCGAUCAGCUGCAAAGCGAGGAAGAUGUUCUGGUGCAGCGUGAAAGUCUAGGUUGUCUAGAACACCUCUCUCUAUACGCCCCGGGACAUAUGGUAUUCAGCGAUUAUGUUAAGACGUUACAGAAGCACCUCAACUCUGAUAUACCUAGCCUUCGCGAUGUCGCGGUCGACGGACUUUAUAAUCUAAUGAAGAGAGAUUCCCGCGACGUGCUAGAAGCCGCAGACUCAGGUUUCGAGGACCAACUAUGGCUUGUCCUAGACAUGUCGCCUAGCCAUGAUGGAAUUCGCAAUGUUAUUCGAAACUGGUUGCGUCAGACCUCUUUGACAGAGACAGGAAUAUGGCUUCUUCGUUGUCAAAACGUGCUCAAGAUGACGAGGCAAAAACCCGUUGAAGACCGUAGUAUUGCUAGAAGACCAACCGCCAAUAUCGACUUACAAGAUGAGGAAGUUGCUGGUUUUGCCGCAGCCGCUGGUACUGCUAAAGAUGAUAAAGACGCCGUCUCGAGCUCGGAAAUGGAGCCUUUGCGCUGGCAGGCGAGGACGUUCGCUAUGAGUUGUCUCAACGACAUAUUCAUACUGAUCGGGAAAGAUGUUGCCACAAACGGGGAAUCGCCCGCACAGUCUGCUCUCCAGGCUAGGAUUGCUGAUGUUAUUCGGAUGGCUUUUUCGGCUUCAACGUCUAGUGUAUUAGAACUGAGAAUAUGGGGGUUGAAAAUUAUCGGUGCAGUCCUGAGGGUGUUUGGCAAAACGCCAGAUCCUGAUUUUGACGAAGCGAUGCUCUUGGAACAAUAUCAGGCACAGAUUAGCUCAGCCUUGACUCCUGCCUUUGCUGCGGAUUCUUCCCCUGAACUCGCCGCAGAAGCAGUCAAUGUGUGCGCUGCAUUCAUUUCAACCGGCAUCGUGACGGACGUCGAUCGCAUGGGUCGUAUCUUGAAGACGCUCGUCACCGCUCUCGAGAACUUCUCGACCGAGACAGAGAAUGUCGGGAUUGGCGAUCUUAAGGGCCUAAGCUCCAACGCUCAAGUUAUGGUCAAGAUGUCAGUUUACUCAGCAUGGGCAGAUCUCCAGGUUGCCAGCUCAGAGCAGAAGUACUUACUUGAGGUGCUAAAACCACAUAUCGGCACGCUAACACCGCUAUGGCUGGCGUCUUUGCGGGAAUUUGCUCGGUUGAGGUUUGAGCCAGACAUCUCUAUGACUUUAGGACCGCCGUCUAUGUCAGGAAGCCUGGAUACAAUCUACGCAGCCCUCAACAGGGAAACGCUUUUGAAAUUCUAUCAGGACUCCUGGCUUAAACUCGUCGAUGCCAUCGCAAGCCUCAUCGAACAAGAUAGCGAGUUCGUUUUCGACGCUCUGGAUGGGAAAGAGGCUGACGCGUCAGGAACUAACGGCCAUUCUAAAAGCGCUGAUAUCAACUAUCGCGAUGAACCAGUUGCAUUUUUCUUCGUCCUUUUCGGGAUUGCCUUCGAGGCGCUUGCAACAAGGUCUGGCCAAACCGACUCCCUAGCCACUCAAGAGCAGACGCUUGAAAUUCUCCAGGCUCUUAAGAAGAUCUUGCAUCCGAGUGUUUCAGGCCAUGCCAUCUACCGAGAAGCUAUCUUUUCCGAGACAAUGGAUUUGCUGGACCGCCUCGUCCUAACGGAAGGUCUCGAUGUCCAAGGGGUUAUCGUCGAAAUAGCUCGCGCCCUGUGCGUCGCCCAUCCUUCAGCAAGAAAACAGGAGCAGCCUGAGGACGGCGACCUAAGUGAGGAUAUUGAACAGUUAUUCGAGCUCACCAGGAUCAUCGUGCUCGUUCUAUCCGGACUAUUGCCCAACCUCACCGAGGCGAAUCAGCCGGUACGCCACCUUUUAACCGAGGAGGCCGUUCUCCUUGUAAGAACCGGGCUAAAUGCUAUCGUGGACGCGGCCGAAGUGUUCCCAUCUAUCAUCAAAACAGAUCUUCACGCAUGUAUAAUUCAUAUUUUCGCCACUAUACUCGCGACGCCUUCCUGUCAAGAGGUUAUUGUUCCUCAAGCCCUGCCGAUAUUUAAGAGGUUCGUGGCAAGCAUGACUACUUCUCGUAGCUCGGCGGAGGGAAAGUCGGCCACGGACCUGCAGCUACAGGGCUGCCUACGCCGAUACCUAUCCAUCUACCUCAAUGCUCAAAAACGUGAGGCUCCUACCUCUCUGCAGUGCGUCAAAAACUGCCUGCUCGCUAUUACGAUUCUUUUCACCGGAGGCAGUAAUCGGCUUGCAGCCGGCGAUCGUUUGGUCGCAAAAUUCCUAGAUGAAGUGGUCGACUGCCUAACAGAUCGCAUGACAGCGAAGAUCGCAGCGAACUGCGUUCGGUCUCUCUUACUACAGCCUUCUCCCACGCACGCCGACCAAUCUAUCGCUCGGUACCUUUUACCUCGCCUCAUCUCUUUCAUAGUUGAUACAGAGCCGGAGGACCCGGAGGAUGCUCGCAAACUUGUAUCGCACACCCUAACGCAGUAUGUGGCGACCCUGGGGAGUGGACACACUCAGAUUGCCAUGUCUAUCGUAGUGCCAGCAGUGCUUUCUCGUGCCUCUAGCGAAGGCGCCGGAGUGUACCCAGAGACGAGCGCGAGAUUGCUGGAGCUAGCUUCGGUAGACCAGGCGGGCUUCAGAGGUGUCGUAGCAGCAAUGAGCGAAGGCCAGAAGGCCUUCAUGGAAGAGGUUAUCCGUUCUGGUCGGCAGACGGGUGGCCCAGCGAAGGAUUCUAGCAACACAGGCCAGCCGACCAUCGCGCUGAAGAUGAACUUUGGAGACUGAGAUGGAAAGAGGUUAGAUAAGACGGGAUUGUCAUACAUAUAGACAAAUGGUACUAUGUUGAGUCAUAUCCGCCGCCAUCUACGUCCUGGGUUGCCCGUAUUGGGGAUUUCGAGGACUACCUAGAUACUGUAACGUGUCGAGUAAUACAGUACUUGAACUGUCUGGUCACGCGUGUUAUCCGGCAUCAAUGUUGGCACAUUACAAUCAUGAGUGAGCGUCACUCUUUGUAGGUACGUUAGCUUGCGGUCCAUUGUAAGUCCAUUCCGUUAUAUGUAGGUAGGUAGG